GUGACAUUGACACUUGACAGGUAAAUAAACAACAUAACCUAAAUAUAUUUGAAAAUUAUUCAAAUUACUGAAGAACGGCCUAAGUUUUCCUAUUUAUGUUUCAAUAUAUUGUAAUUUAUCGAAGACAUGAUGCUACAGUAGUAAAAUGCAACUCAUUACCUCUAAAAAUACAAAUCGAUAUACAAGCUAAUUAAAGUGCAACGAACAUUGCUUGUGUAAAAAUGAAGGUGGUUACAGUGGUAGCUCCCGUGAAUAUAGCCGUUAUAAAAUACUGGGGCAAACGCGACGAAGAAUUAAUUUUACCUAUAAACGAUUCGAUUAGUGGCACUUUAAGUACAGAUCAUAUGUGCGCUAAAACUACGAUUCAAGCUAGUCCACUGUUCCAAGAAAAUCGAUUUUGGUUGAAUGGGAAACCGCAAGAUUUUGACAACCCGAGACUUAACAACUGCUUAAAAGAGGUAAAAAGACGAGCGAAACCCUCUUGUCCGAUUCUCAACUGGAAACUUUCAAUUUGCUCAGAGAACAAUUUCCCAACUGCAGCUGGUCUAGCUUCUUCAGCUGCAGGAUAUGCUUGUUUAGUGUCUGCUUUAGCGCAACUUUACGAAAUCGAUGGUGAUAUUUCCAGUAUCGCAAGAAGAGGUUCCGGCAGUGCUUGCAGAAGCGUUUAUGGAGGAUGGGUACAAUGGGUUAAAGGAGAGAGCCCUACAGGAGAAGAUUCCCUAGCCGUACAAUUAGCGCCUGCUUCUCAUUGGCCCGAAAUGAGAGUUAUCAUCCUAGUGGUGAGCAAUGAAACGAAGAAAUACAGUUCUACAUCAGGUAUGAAAACAUCAGUUGAAACGUCGCAACUUCUUCCAUACAGAGCUAAGGAAAUAGUACCUAAACAAGUGGAGAGAAUGAAACGAGCCAUUGCUGAUAAGGAUUUCGAAGCAUUCGCUAGGAUCACCAUGGAGGAUUCCAACAGUUUUCAUGCUAUGUGUUUGGAUACCUUCCCGCCUUGCGUUUAUAUGAACGAUAUUUCACAUGCUAUAGUUGAUGUUGUUCAUACUUAUAAUCAGUUGAAAUCUUCUAAUAAGGUUUCUUAUACAUUCGAUGCUGGUCCGAAUGCAUGUUUAUACUUGCUCGAAUCGGAAGUGGAGGAAUUUCUUUCUGUAAUAAAUUACGUAUUUCCGCCUCGUAGUGGGUCUAUUCAGGACGAAUAUAUCAAAGGGAGUAAAGUUAAGCAAUUGCCUAUACAAGAAGAAUUAUCAAGGAAAUUUGAAUUCAAAGUACACAAAGAAGGCGCACUCAAAUAUAUUAUUUAUACUAAAUUGGGAGAUGGCCCGAAAGUUUUAACAGAUGAAAAAGACCACUUGCUCACACAAGAAGGGAUUCCCAAAUAAGGAUAUUUCUGGUUAAAUUUUCUAAUAGUUUCUUGGAGGUAUUUUAGACAUGCUAUUUACAGUUUUUAAAUUUUAUUCGAAAUAUUCUCUCUAAUAGGUAUUUAGGGUUCAAUAAUAAAUUUGUUACAUUUUUAAUGUUUAUUUACUUUCCUCUUUUACUAAAUGUGUAUCCUAUAAACUCAUUCAAAGUACAUUCAGAUGUAUGACAAACAAAUAAUCUACUAAAUAACAAAUAUUUUCAUCUUAACUCUAUUCCUUCUUAGAAUGUCGACUCUUCUGCAAAUAAAUCAAAACGUAUUAGAAAUUUCAUCGAGUUAAAAUUUUCAAAAAAAAAAGAUUAAUCAAAAAACAAUCAAAAUACAAUCGGUAUUAUUUUCACUCGUAUCACACAAACAUCUUACCAAAGCUUAUUCUCUCGCACCUGUAACGUAUCAUAUCAUUGAGAAGUGGUAUAGAAAAUAUAAUAUAUCGAAAAUGAACGGGUAAUUAUAAAAAUAAAUGUUACUCACUUAUCGGCUUUCCAUCUUGCCAUUUUGUUACUUUGAGGUGGGCAUCGCUCCUCUUCAUGGCAUCUGCUCUUAUGUCAGAUUUCACUGCUUGCCUCAGCAAUUUAGCAGCGAUGUUAGAGUAGUUGAUGUAGCU